AGAAGAACUUCACCCGGAAGUAUUCAGCCUACUUUGAAGACGGCAUCUGGCAACAAACAAUUAUAAUAAAAUGGGUGUUACUUGUGUGUGCCAGGUGCCGGUGGCAGAGGGGAAGAGCGUGCAGCAGACUGUGGAUAUGGUGCACAAGAAACUAGAGCAGCUGGGAGCUGUGAAACAAGGCAGCUUCUGUGUCGACUGUGAGACGUACCAUGCGACUGGAACUGUCAGUGGCCAACCUUCCAAACUCUUAUAUGUGAUGCACAACUCGGAAACCCCCCUAAGCUGCCUGGCUCUGUUUGAGAACGGGCCCUGCUUGGUAGCUGAUGCAAACUUUGACGUUCUUAUGGUGAAGCUAAAGAGCCACUUCCAGAAUGCCAAAGGCCACAAAGUGGAGUGCCGGGGGUCACGAUACCGCUACUGCGACUUCCUGAUCAAAGUUGGCACAGUGACCAUGAGCUCAAGUGCCAGAGGAAUAUCAGUAGAAGUGGAAUAUUGUCCCUGUGUGGUUCCAGGGGACUGUUGGAAUCUAAUGAAGGAGUUUAUGCAGUCAUUCUUGGGCCCCAGUGUCCCAGACCUGCCAUCUGUCUUUGCUGCCAAGCCUGAAGGCAUUUUUGCACCGGCCGACUGCGUUGACACCAUGACACAGUACCUGGAGUUGUUCAACAAACUGCGUAAACUUCAAAUUCAAGGGAAUAAUGUGCGUUGAAUUGCCAUUCCUGAUUUCGAAUAUUCCUAAUAAUGUUCAUCAAUUCUGCUCCUGCGGCUCAAGUUGCCAUCCUGGAAUCUAAGAAAGCCUGGACUUUUAUUUUUAUUGCUGGAGCCUUACAUCAUGUAUAAACCCUUUUGAUGGGUGUGUCUUGUAUUAAAAAAAAAAA